GAAAUUCCCCAAGCGGAUGUUGAUUCGGAAACGCUCUGGGAGCAGUUGUGUUUUCUUCUAAACUAGCUCCAUGGCUAACAAUAUCUCCGAUGACACGGUGUACAACUUGGCCUCAGCUUGUGGGCAAACACAUAUACACAGCUAAAGCUAACCCUUUCAUGCGGUUAUGACGUGAACGAGCUCAACUCUUAACCCUUUCAAAUCCCCUGAGCAGGAUGCUAGCAUCUGUCGUUAGCACACCACUGCAGGAAAUUAGCCUGUUAGCUUAAACCGCCGGCCAAGUGUUAUGAUGUGGCUUCUUCAUUCCUCUUUAUGCGCACGCUCGAUUUAACGUUACCAAACCUCCGCGCAAUGGACACCGAUGCCAUCGUGAUCCGCAUAAUAACGCCUUCGGGGGACAUGGACUCGGUCGUCGACUCUCCAGCUCUGCUGAACUUCAACGACUUGCUUGUUGCCAUCAGAGAUGUCAUGCCCGAAGCCACGGUCACUGCCUUUGAAUAUGAAGACGAGGUGGGGGACAGAAUCACUGUAAGAAGUGAUGAAGAACUCAAAGCCAUGUUGUCAUAUUACUUCAACACAAUGAAUGAGCAACGCAUCAACGGGCUGCUGCCGGACCCUCUGCAGAUUUUUCCACGAGCCGGCAAGACUCCAGGGAUCCGGAACAUACAUGGCCUGAAGGUUAAUACAAGACCUAACCCAGCCAAUGACUGCACUCCUUCCAUCCCAGACGCCAUGACCAACAACAGCUUAAAAAAAUCCUCCGCCGAGCUGAAGAGGAUCCUGACGAACGGGCAGAUAAAUGCUCAAGAUAUCCACUAUCAAGAGCAGCUCGGCCAUGGGAACGGAGGCACGGUGUACAAAGCGUACCAUCUCCUGGGCCAGCGGGUUUUAGCUGUCAAGGUCAUUCCGCUGGACAUCACAGUGGAAUUACAGAAGCAGAUCAUGUCAGAACUAGAAAUUCUCUACAAGUGCGACUCGCCGUACAUCAUCACUUUCUUCAGUGCCUUCUUCGUAGAGAACCGGAUAUCCAUAUGCACCGAAUUCAUGGACGGUGGUUCUCUUGACGUGUACAAAAGAAUUCCAGAGCACGUGCUGGGGAGGAUCGCCGUGGCAGUAGUCAAAGGCCUGACAUAUCUGUGGAGCCUGAAGAUACUUCACAGAGAUGUCAAGCCUUCCAAUAUGCUGGUGAACACCCGAGGACAAGUCAAGCUCUGUGACUUUGGUGUCAGCACACAGUUGGUGAAUUCCAUCGCCAAAACGUACGUGGGGACUAACGCCUACAUGGCGCCAGAGAGGAUCUCCGGAGAACAGUAUGGUAUCCACGCAGACGUCUGGAGUCUGGGGAUCUCCUUGAUGGAGUUGGCGCUAGGCAUGUUCCCCUAUCCACAGAUUCAGAAAAAUCAAGGAUCUUUAAUGCCUCUCCAGUUACUGCAAUGCAUCGUUGAUGAGGAUCCUCCGGUUUUCCCUGUGGGCCAGUUCAGUGAGAAGUUUGUUAACUUCAUCACCCAGUGUAUGCGCCGGCAACCCAAAGAAAGGCCUGCCCCGAAUAACCUCAUGGACCAUUCCUUCGUCGCGCAGUACAACGACGGCAGCGCCGAGGUGGUGUCCAUGUGGGUUUGCCGCUGUCUGGAGGCGAGGCGAGUCCAGCACGCUCAGGGCCACGUCUGACGCCCUCAUCGAGGAGAGCCCCCCCCCCCCCCCCCCCCCCCCC